UAGUUGCCAUUAAAAAGUGAAAUUACUGAACCUAAAUAAAGGAGCUUUAUAGCAUGAAAAAAAGACGGAUGAAGUUUUUGUUUUUUGCAUCUGAAGUCUUGGCCUACCAAUAUUAAACUGUACUGCAGUUAUGCUGUUUUGUGCGAGACAUAGCCUCGCCCAUGUGACCAGAGCUUCCUUCGCGCGCACGCGCCGCGGGCGUUGUCCUGACAACGAGUCUCGAGAGCAGCUGAUGCUCAUUACUGUCAGUCAGCGUCUUUCCGCGUAGUGUCUGCUCCAUAAAAUACGGUUUGGUUGAUUUCCUCACUGAAAUUAUCGUUCAUAUAGGUUCAUAUUUAUGAACUAUCACAAUUAAAACACAAAGACAUGACAGCAUUACUCGUGGUGACGACGGUCAUUAACAAGUGGAAUGGAAGAGAAGCGUUUUCUGGAAGAAAAGUAGUUCAUUGCGCGAGGCCUUGUCAAGUCAUUCAGCUUAGAGAAAUGCAUGUUAUUGGGCAAAUUGUGUGUAGACUGUCAAUGGAGUGACAGAAAGAUUUCAUCAAAAAUAUCUUCAGUUGUGUUCCCCGUGUCUUGCGGGGUUGGAAUGACAUGAGGGGAUCUGGCUGUAAAGCAGAGAGCAGGAGACAGACUCUAGCAGCUGUGGCACUACAGGACCAUAUCAUACGAAACACUCCUAUUCAAAACAUUCCCCAUAACCUCCCCGUAUCAGACACUUCAUGUCAUGCUGGUUGUGGAGCUUCACACGUUAGUAGGAGGCACAAAGACCACAACACAAGGCAGAGAGUCAGAUAUCCUGAGCGAACACCAGGACAAGACUCAGAGAGAGAGUAUGUGCUGGAUCAUGCCCCUCCACCUCUGACUCUUGCGCAGAGGAUGGGUCUGGUGCCAGCUCCUUCAAGAAGACUAACAGCAGAGGAGUGGGCAGAGGUCAAAACCAGGUCCAUCCAGGAGGGAGACUCAACCCAACCCUGUGUGAUAUGCAGGGAGGAGUUUCGUCUGCAACCACAGGUCCUGCUAUCCUGUUCCCAUGUAUUUCACAAAGUGUGUCUGAAGUCUUUUGAGAAGUUCUCAGGCAGGAAGAGCUGCCCGAUGUGCAGGAAGGAGCAGUAUGAGACAAGGGUGAUCUAUGAUGGUGCUCGGCUCUAUCGAGAAAAGUGUGCUCUCAGAAUACAGGCUUUCUGGCGUGGCUACCAUGUUCGCAAAUGGUACAGCAACAUAAGGAAGCACGUGCCUCCGAAAGACCAACAAUUAAGACGAAGAUUCUUUGAAAAUAAGUUUCAGGAGAUGAACGACAGCUUGGUGCAGUCAUGCAGCACAGACGUGGAAGCGUUCCUAAACGAUAUCGAUCGAUCGGUGGCCAUGAGCCACGACAUCCUGCGCUGCUUCGACAACAAGUACACGAGUGUUUCUGUAAUGGAGGAUAAAGACUGGCUGGAAGCUCAAGAGAAGGCUGUCCAGCGAGGCGUUCAGGACUGCCCCAUUUGCCUGAACCGCUUGAGCUCACACAACGGCUCAUCGAAGGAAGACAGAAACGUCCUAUUAUUGUCCUGUUCCCAUCUCUUCCACAAACCAUGUCUGCAGGCCUUUGAGCUUUUCUGCCAGGAGGAUUUCCAGCUUGAUAAAACCCUUUUAGGUUUUUCGUCCAUUCCUAAAAGGAGGGAAAAGACUGCUGGAGUGGUUCGUUUGCUCCUCAAAGCAAAGGAUUGGUUUGCACAGCCUCGGGGGACACACUGGCAGAUCAGCAGCAAUUAGUUCAGUGUUACACCGUUACUGGCGUGCAAUAAAAACACAAUCUUUCAUCUUUUCACCGACAUGGG